AAGGGGCAGGUGCCUCGGAGAGGAUGCGUGGGAUGAAUUGAUUCAGGGAAAUCAGAACAAAUGCUUUCACCAAACAGGCGAAACCUGAAGGUCUGGGUUCAGAGCCUCAGAUCUUACACUGGCAGCACACGGGGACACAGCAGCUGGACUGACAGCAGCAGGGCUUGCAGCAGCUGGACUGGCAGCAGCAGGGUUUGCAGCAGCUGGACUGGCAGCAGGAUCCACAGCCUGAGGAGCAGCAGCAGGGCUUACAACAACUGCACUGGGAGCAGCCACAAGAACCACAGGCCCCCUUGGAGCCCCCACAAGAACCACAGCCCCCCUUGGAGCCCCCACAGGAGCCACAGCCCCCCUUGGAGCCCCCACAGGAGCCACAGCCCCCCUUGGAGCCCCCACAAGAGCCACAGGCCCCCUUGGAGCCCCCACAGGAGCCACAGCUGGAGCAGGAACAGGCUGGCACACAGCAGCACACGGGCUUGCAGCAGCAGACAGGCACACAGCAGCUGGAGCCACAGCCCCCACAGCCAGAGCCACAGUCCCCACAGCCAGAGCCACAGCCUCCAGAGCAGCCACAGCAGCCCAUGGUUCUGGUGGAUUGAGGGUGGAGUAGGUAGAGGAGCAGGUGACAGGGAGGUGCAGGUGUGGAGCUCCCUGAGCCGGGGCCCUUUAUAUACCUGUCCAGAUGUCAGGCAGGACACAGGGUCCCUUUCUUGUGACUGUUCACAUUAUUUUUCCAGAGCUCUGUUUUUUUCCUUUUUGCUAGCGACUUCCUCCUGGCUCAGUUGA